AGGCUCGCCUAUAAAAGGGCAUCUCAGCAUUUCCUCGUUGUCCGUAGAACCUGACGGAUCCGCCACGAUGCUGAUGCUGUGGACAUUCGCCGUGCUGCUGGGAGCAGUAGCUGGAAGUGAAGUUUGCUUUGACAAACUUGGCUGCUUCAGUGAUGAUGCCCCGUGGUCAGGAACUCUCGACAGACCCCUGAAGGCACUGCCCUGGAGCCCAUCAAGGAUCAACACCCGCUUUCUCCUGUACACCAACGAGAACCCAGACAACUACCAGCAAAUUACAUCAGAUGCAUCAAGUAUCAGAAACUCCAAUUUCAAAACAAACAGAAAAACCCAUAUCAUUAUCCAUGGCUUCAUUGACAAGGGAGAAGAAAACUGGCUAUCCGACAUGUGCAAGAACAUGUUCCAAGUGGAGAGUGCAAACUGCAUCUGUGUGGACUGGAAAGGAGGCUCCCGAGCCACAUACACCCAGGCUACCCAGAAUGUCCGGGUUGUCGGGGCAGAAGUGGCUUUAUUGGUUAAUGUUAUGCAGUCUGAUCUUGGAUACUCACUCAACAAUGUCCACCUUAUCGGCCACAGCCUGGGUUCCCACAUUGCUGGGGAGGCAGGAAAGAGAACAUUUGGAGCCAUUGGGAGGAUCACAGGGUUGGACCCUGCUGAGCCUUACUUUCAGGGCACACCUGAAGAAGUCCGACUGGACCCCACCGAUGCUCAGUUUGUGGACGCAAUUCACACAGAUGCUGCACCCAUUGUCCCCAACUUAGGAUUUGGAAUGAGCCAGACUGUGGGUCACCUAGAUUUCUUUCCAAAUGGAGGAGUGGAAAUGCCCGGAUGUCAGAAGAAUAUUCUUUCCCAAAUCGUUGACAUUGAUGGGAUCUGGGAAGGAACUCGUGACUUUGCUGCCUGUAACCAUCUAAGAAGCUACAAGUAUUACACCGACAGCAUCGUCAACCCAACUGGCUUUGCUGGGUUCUCCUGUAGCUCUUACAAUGUUUUUUCUGCAAAUAAGUGCUUCCCAUGCGGAAGUGGUGGAUGCCCACAGAUGGGUCACUAUGCUGACAGAUUUUCUGGGAAAACAAGCGGACUCUACCAGAAAUUUUACCUCAACACUGGUGAUAAGAGCAACUUCGCACGUUGGCGGUACCAGGUGACUGUCACCCUCUCUGGACAGAAGGUCACUGGGCACAUUCUAGUUUCUUUGUUUGGAAAUGCAGGAAAUUCUAAACAGUAUGAAAUUUUCAAGGGCUCUCUGCAGCCAGGCAAUACUCACGUCAAUGAAUUCGACUCUGAUGUGGAUGUUGGAGAUUUGCAGAAGGUUAAAUUUAUCUGGUACAACAAUGUGAUCAACCCGAGCCUACCAAGAGUGGGAGCAUCCAAGGUUGUGGUGGAAAGAAAUGACGGCAGAGUGUUCAACUUCUGUAGUCAAGAGACUGUGAGGGAGGACGUCCUGCUCACACUGUCUGCAUGUUAGGAAGCUGCUGAUGUGUGACCACAGAGUCCCACUGUAAUAAAGUCUAGUAUUAAAGCAAUA